AUGCAGUCCACUUAUCAACACUCAGAUACAUCGAUACAUGAUAUUUACGAUGAUCCAAACUACAAUAUUUUUGAGGAAGGAAAUUUCAGUUUCUCGGAAACUCAAUCCAAUGUCGGCUCAGUCAUCCACCAUGCCAGCUUAGUCAUCCACCAUGUCAGCUUAGUCAUCCACCAUGCCAGCUUAGUCAUCCACCAUGCCAGCCUAGUCAUCCACCAUGCCAGCUCAGUCAUCCACCAUGCCAGCUCAGUCAUCCACCAUGCCAGCUCAGUCAUCCACCAUGCCAGCUUAGUCAUCCACCAUGCCAGCCCAGUCAUCCACCAUGUCAGCUUAGUCAUCCACCAUGCCAGCUCAGUAAUCCACCAUGCCAGCUUAGUCAUCCACCAUGCCAGCUCAGUCAUCCACCAUGCCAGCUCAGUCAUCCACCAUGCCAGCCCAGUCAUCCACCAUGUCAGCUCAGUAAUCCACCAUGCCAACUCAGUCAUCCACCAUGCCAGCCCAGUCAUCCACCAUGCCAGCCCAGUCAUCCACCAUGCCAGCUCAGUAAUCCACCAUGCCGGCUUAGUCAUCCACCAUGCCAGCUUAGUCAUCCACCAUGCCAGCUCAGUCAUCCACCAUGCCAGCUCAGUCAUCCACCAUGCCAACGUAGUCAUACACCAUGCCAGCCCAGUCAUCCACCAUGCCAGCACAGUCAUCCACCAUGCCAGCUCAGUCAUCCACCAUGCCAGCACAGUCAUCCACCAUGCCAGCCCAGUCAUCCACCAUGCCAGCUCAGUCAUCCACCAUGCCAGCUCAGUAAUCCACCAUGCCAGCCCAGUCAUCCACCAUGCCAGCACAGUCAUCCACCAUGCCAGCCCAGUCAUCCACCAUACCAGCACAUUCAUCCACGAUGUCAGCACAUUCAUCCACGAUGCCAGCUCAGUCAUCCACUCCGGUGAAUAG